GGGAAGAAAGCGGGUGGGUAGCAACAGUUGCCCCGGUGAGGACGAAGCGCCAUAGCCACGGUAGCCCUGGCGACAAGAACCCAGCAACGAGAAUCAACAACAACAGCCUGAAUCCUUGAAAAAAAUAAAAACAAAAAUACCGGUGGGAAAUUCACUUGGAAUCAGAGUGUCUGAGUCCCAGUUCUCGUGAUGGCCACGACAGGCUACGUUGGGGAGUUGCAGCCCGUGACGACCCAGCCCCAAGGGGCAGCGAGUGGGAGUGUGACGGUGGCUGGACAGUCCUCAGCAUCCGCUGCCCCACACACCGUGGUAGCUCCUACGCAGCAGUUCCUGGCUCAGCUUCAGACCACAGUGGGGGCUCCUGCAGCCGCAGCAGGACACACCACACCCCCUGCACAAGCCACUCCCACAGCGGCACAGAAGACAGCAGUUGUCCAGGUGGCGCCCACACAGGUUCCUCCCCCCCAGACCCAGUAUGUGACGGCUGAGAUCCAGGGUUCCUCAUCACAGGCCAACAACGCCCAGAACGCCCCCCAGUACAUCGUAGUCACCGUCACAGAGGGCUCUCUCCAUUCAAGUGACUCUGUGUCUGACUCGAGCCCUCCUCCAGCUGUGGUACAGCAGACUGGGGUUCCCACACAGGUGGUGCAGCAGGUGCAAGCAGCACAGCAGAGGUCAGUGGUGCAGGCAACGUCCCAGAUCACAGCCAAGACUGAACAGGGUAUCACCACCCAGCUGAGUGUCACCAACCUGCAGCCUGUCCACCUCACUCAGGAGGUGCAGCAGCAGCUCCAGCAGGUGCCAGUGCAGCAUGUGUACACCAAUCAGGUGCAGUAUGUUGAAGGGGGAGACAACAACUACACCACCAGCACAAUUCGUUCAGGCAGCUUCACCUACACAGACACCCCUCUGUACACUCAGACCACCGCCGCCCCUUACUACGAAGCCCCUCCCACCUCUGGCUCACAGGUCCCCACCACCGGCACACCCCUGACCGUCUCCGUGACAACGGGCUCCACCGGUGGAGUGUCUAUGUACGUGGCUGGCACAGGCCAGAUUGUGGCCAAUCCGGCGGCCGCCUCUGGGGGUGGGGCGACGGUGGUGGCGACAGGGGGAACAGCCAAUGGGACUGGGGAAGGGGCGGGGGCUAAUGGAAGCGGGGGCAGCUAUGUGAUCCAGGGGGGGUACAUGCUGAGUGGCAACAGUCAGGGGGGCUACUCCACCCACAACGCCCGCUCCUCUCCUGCCACCGUCAGUACAACAGAGGGCGAGGAGGGUAGUGGCGUACCGUCGGCAGACAAAAAGGUGCAGUGGCUGCUAGAUAACUAUGAGACAGCUGAAGGGGUCAGUCUGCCUCGCUCCACCCUCUACUGCCACUACCUGCUGCACUGCCAGGAGCAGAAGCUGGAGCCCGUCAACGCUGCCUCCUUUGGGAAGCUGAUCAGAUCCGUGUUCAUGGGGCUACGCACGCGCCGCCUGGGCACCCGGGGGAACUCCAAGUACCACUAUUACGGCCUGAGGAUCAAGGCCUGCUCCUCUCUGAUCAGACUGAUGGAGGACCAGCAGCACCUGGCCAUGAGACAGCAGCCCUUCUCUCAGAAACAGAGGAUGAAGCCGGUGCAGAAGGUGGAGGGGAUGACCAAUGGCAUGGCGGCAGGCUCGGGCCAACAGCAGCAGCAGCAGGGGGCGGGGCUCUCUGACAUCAGCGCCCAAGUGCAGCAGUACCAGCAGUUCCUGGACGCGUCUCGGACCCUCCCAGAGUUCCCUGACCUUGACCUGCAGGGGAAGGCCCUACCGGAGGGCAUAGAACUGGAGCACAUCAAGAGCUUCCAGCUGCUGUAUCGGGAACACUGUGAGGCUAUUCUGGACGUGACGAUCAACCUGCAGUUCACCCUGGUGGAGACCCUGUGGAAGACCUUCUGGAGGUUUGAAGAGAGCCAGAGUGGAGACACUGGCACACUGGCUGUACAUGAUGAGUCUGAGAAGCGCCUGCCUAAGGACUGUCUAGUGAUCCUGUGUAAGUACGACCCUGUGCUCCGCUGGAGCCGCGACUGUGACAACACCCUGUACCAGGGCCUGGUGGAGAUCCUCAUCCCCGAUGUGCUGCGGCCCAUCCCCAGUGCCUUAACUCAAGCCAUCCGCAACUUUGCCAAGAGUCUGGAGAGUUGGUUGACCAACGCUAUGAUGAACAUCCCAGAAGAGAUGGUCCGCAUUAAGGUAACGUCAGCCAGUUCGUUUGCCCAGACGCUGCGCAGGUACACCUCUCUGAACCACUUGGCCCAGGCAGCCAGGGCCGUGCUACAGAACACAGCUCAGAUAAACCAGAUGCUCAGCGACCUCAACCGCGUGGACUUCGCCAAUGUUCAGGAGCAGGCGUCGUGGGUGUGUCGCUGUGAGGACCGUGUGGUGCAGCAGUUGGAGCAGGACUUCAAGCUGACCCUGCAGCAGCAGAACUCUCUGGAGCAGUGGGCUGCCUGGCUGGACGGGGUGGUCUCCCAGGUCCUAAAGCCCUACCAAGCCAGCGCCGCCUUCCCCAAAGCAGCCAAGCUCUUCCUGCUCAAGUGGUCCUUCUACAGUUCCAUGGUGAUUAGAGACCUGACUCUGCGUAGUGCUGCCAGCUUUGGAUCCUUCCACCUGAUCAGACUGCUGUAUGAUGAGUACAUGUACUACCUGAUAGAACACAGAGUGGCCCAGGCUAAAGGAGAGACACCCAUCGCUGUCAUGGGAGAGUUCGCCAGUCUUGGCAGGAGUUUGAACCCACUGGAUCCAGACAAAGAAGAGGAAGAGGAGGAGGAAGAGGAGAGCGAUGACGAGUGUCAGGAGCUGUCUCUGCCCUCUGACGGGGCGGGGCUGGGGGAGGAGUCUCUGGAGCCGCCUACCAAGCUGGCCAGAACCGACCAGAGAGUACUCUUCACCACGGGCCAGGACUGAACACACACACUGAUACACACAUGCACAAACACACUUCCAUUCACAGACUGACUUACACAAAUACUCACACAUAACUGCAUUGAUUGAUAAACAUUUGUAUACACACAUACACCAAGAUACCCUUGUAUACACUAAUAUGUACACUAGAGGUUGACACGGGAGUGAAAAUUCAUUCCUGUUCUGUCUUGUCCUGUAAAAAAAUGUUUCCUGUAAUGCCCAAAUCCUGCAGCGUUUCUAUAACCCCGGAACUUUCCUGUCCCAUUCUGAUAAAUAUCACUCCCGUCCCAUGCAGAUUUUUACACACAGAAAUCAUUUCUUCCGUUACGCCUCGAUCACACCAAUAGCGUCAUUGCAUUUUGGUACACCAGAUGUACAUUCAUUUCCACUGGAACACUGUGUUUGCCUUGCAGCAUUUUGUUGCAGAGGCAGUUGCAGUGCGUUCUGUGUGGUGGAAACGUUGGAUUUAUAGAACGUAUACAUCAGACUGUAUGUGAAGACGUUCUGUGUGGUGGAAACGUUGGAUUUAUAGAACGUAUACAUCAGACUGUAUGUGAAGACGUUCUGUGUGGGGGAUACGUUGGAUUUAUAGAACGUAUACAUCAGACUGUAUGUGAAGACGUUCUGUGUGGUGGAAACGUUGGAUUUAUAGAACGUAUACAUCAGACUGUAUGUGAAGACGUUCUGUGUGGGGGAUACGUUGGAUUUAUAGAACGUAUACAUCAGACUGUAUGUGAAGACGUUCUGUGUGGUGGAAACGUUGGAUUUAUAGAACGUAUACAUCAGACUGUAUGUGAAGACGUUCUGUGUGGGGGAUACGUUGGAUUUAUAGAACGUAUACAUCAGACUGUAUGUGAAGACGUUCUGUGUGGUGGAAACGUUGGAUUUAUAGAACGUAUACAUCAGACUGAAUGUGAAGACGUUCUGACAGAAAUGGUAGCAGAAGGUGAAGGUUGAACUGUUGUUGAACACAUCCAGAUGAUGCUGCGUACCAUUUUGCGUAAUGACGCUAUCAUGUGAUCGGGGCGUAGAGUAGUGACUGGCUCCAACUGAAGCGAGGCGUGAGAGUGAGCUGGAAGGAAGGAAAUUAUCAUUAGAUUUAGAUUUUUUUCAUUAAGUGAACGAUAUCAGGCCUACACAGUUUAUUUUAAUUAAAUGGUCCACACAUUACCAUCCUGUGGAUUGUCGAUCCUGUGUUGUCCUGAACAUGACUCUAGAACUUAUUCCUGACAGACCUGUUCCCAUGUCAACCUCUGAUGUACAGUUUCUAUAUACAUUUGAGUGUAGAUACUGUACACACACACACAUGUUCAUACACUCAAUAAACAUUUCUGCAGUCUCUACACAUAGAUGCUGACCCAACAGUACACAGACACACACAGACACAGUCCCAAUAAGGUCUGUAUGGCACAAGUCUGCUGUAAGCACAGAUACCACACAUGCAUGGAUGGGCACACAAUCACCGGUCCGGCAUUGCUGCACAAAGGACACAGGGUGAACUUACACACACACACACACACCCGACCCAUGGAGUGAAGAGUGUUUGUUGUCACUUGAAUGGAUCUGUGUAUUGAACAAGGACCUGCCAUGUUUCUCUGUAUUGGUGUCACUGGCUGACAACAGGGCAGCACAAUGUACAUGCCAACCUAAACUACCCUCCAACAACGGUCUGCUGUACCAAGGUGGUCCUGAAGAUGUGACGGUUAACAGUUUGUCCUCCCUUACCCAACCCUUCUGUAUAGGGAGGAACGGAGGGAGGAAGAGGAAAUGGCUGCUUACGAUUCUGCAGUUCUAAAUUGUUCAUUUAGCUCUCACUCUCAUGUCAAUCAAAGCCCAAGAGCCAGUCAGAAGGAGAUGGGGCAUGUGGGUGACAGCAGAUAGACUGUAAAGAGAGUUGUUGUGUGUGUUUUUGAUGCUCGUGGUGUGUGCGUGUGUGUGCUGGGGUCCUACUGCUGUGCUGUAUUUUUAGGGUGCGAUUGAACAUGCGUGGAUUUAUCUGAUUGUGUGUGUCUUGUAACGUGUGUCUGGUUGUACGAUUGUUGAGUCUGUGCUUCAGAAGAAGUGUUGACUGUAUAUUUGGUGGAUAUUUUCAAAGGCAUUCAAAAUCAUUUUGGGUGAAUGUUUUUAUUGGUUCUUUUUAAUUUGAUUUGUUCCUUUCCUGAAAAAGAGUGUCAUGGUUUUGGGGGUUCCUGUUACAACCACUCACACACGCACACAAAAGAUAAAACCCUGGUUUAAAGGUGUUUCCAUGUCAACCCCACAGAUGUGGAACAGUAGUCCCACCAUUUCUCUCCACUGCAGCGUCCAUCUGCCUCUGCUGCUGAAUGUGCAGUUCUGUACAGAGAGAUCUGUUCAAUAUAUAUUCCUGUUUGUGUUUUCAAGUGCUUCAUUGCCAUCUGUUUUAUUGGUUUCUGUUGAGACCUUUGUGGCCUCUUGUCGUCCACACGUCAUUGCGCCAGCCUUAUUUUUUAUGUUUGUUUAUCUUUUUCAUUUCUGCACCAGACAUUUCUGAUUUCAAAUAAUUACUUUGUUUACAUAUUCCAAGAAGGACUGUGCUGGACUGAGUUAAAAUGCGAUAAUAUAAUUAUAUAUAUGUGUGUCACUCUAUUUCCUUUUCAUUGUCACAAAGUGAACCUUUCUUGUCUGGUGAUGUGGUGUCAAUCUGUCACACACUAAGUAUAUUUUGUGUGUAUGUGUAUUUACUGAGAGUCGUUAUUGAGUGUGAGUAUGUAUGUUUGAUUUCAGUUCUCCUCAAAUGAGCUCUCCAUACAUACACGCGCCAAGGGUCCUGCUUCGUUUGCACAGUCACAGUCAAUGACUGUCCUUUUAUAUGGUGAGAUGUCAGUAGCCUGAUCCCAAAUAUGUUUGUACUAUCUUGCCAACUCUUGGUUUGACAAUGACCAUAUAAGUUGGCGAGACAGCACAAACUGAUCAGGUACCAGGCUAGAAUAUAACAGUUCUGCCUAUUUAUCACAGACAGUCUCCACUUGGAGAUCCCUAUAGAUCUCUUUCAUGUACAGUACUGUAUAUCUGUGUCUGAUGGAAUCGCAGCACACAGGUGUAAGGUAUUCUGAGGAAAACCCUUACAGUCGGUGCCAUUGUUGUAUGGGUUUAGCAUGGUCCCAGAUCUGUUUGUGCUGUCUUAUAGAAGUUGGAAUGACAGCACAAGCAGAUCUGGGGUCAGGCUCGAUGUGAAACGAGACAGGGGAAUCAGACACCCUAUCUUCCUCUACAUCUCUCAUUCUGUCUCACUCGUUUCCUUCCUGCUAAAGUUUUUCUGCUGUUGUUUUGUUGUUGAAGCCAUUUUCAUAGAACAUUGUCCACCACGAUCAGUUCGGUUGUUGAACAUGUAUUGUAUGAACAUUUCAUUGCAUUUAAGUGUCCCAAGAAUGUUUUCAAAGGCAGCAAUGCAUAUCUUGAGCACGCAGCGUGGACCUCUAAACCAGCAUGUUUAACACUCUGGGGCGUCUGCUACUACCACAGCUGAUGAUAUAUCCUCCCAUGUCCUGCGGAUCUCCCGAUACGAUGGCCAUUCUUUUCCAGACAAAAAUGUUUGUCAUUUUUAUAGAGUUCAGUUUCUUACUUCUAAAAACGGUAUUGUGUGGCAGUGUUUUAUGAAUUUGGUCAAAUACACGUAUGACUGUGCCUUUGGGAGGUUGUAGAAUGCACUUCAAAUGUUUUUAAUUUUAAAGAUAUAAAAUAAAUUAAGAAUUUUUUAAGUUGU